GGACUCAUUAAUCUGGCUUUCUCAAAAGCUUAAUUUCAAGCAGGGAAACAUAUAUAUCUCUUAUAUUAUAAUAUUAUACACAAACCUGGUUCCUCCCCGUUUCUCACCUUAACCCGAAUCAAGGGAAGAAGAAGGAAAAAGGAAAAGAGCAAAAUGCCCGCCGCGAAUUUGAGUAUUCCCGAUAGCCCUCCUCAUCACGGAGAUACGGCGGGGACCAUCACAAGCGAGUCGGAGAGCCCCUUCGCGGAACUGAUCUGGAACCAAAAGAUAAUCGUGGUCCCCAGCUUCACCCUCGAAUCCGGUGUGACAAUCCGCGAGGUCCCCGUGGCAUACAAGACCACUGGCCGCCUGAACGAGAAUUCCGACAACGCAAUGCUAAUCUGUCACGCACUCACUGGCAGCGCGGACGUGGAGGACUGGUGGGGACCUCUGGUAGGCCCUGGGAGAGCCUUCGAUUGGGGACGGUUCUUCGUCGUCUGCUGCAACAGUCUGGGGAGCCCUUACGGGAGCGCUUCGCCCUGCACUAUGAACCCCGAGACCAGCAGGAUUUAUGGGCCAGAGUUCCCACUAACCACGGUUAGGGAUGAUGUCAAUAUCCACAAGAUCGUGCUCGAUUAUUUGGGGGUUCGGAGUAUUGCUGUGGCGAUUGGAGGCUCAAUGGGGGGCAUGUUGGUGCUCGAGUGGGCGUAUUUUGGAAGGGAGUAUGUUAGGUCUAUCGUGGCGCUUGCUACUAGCUCACGCCAUUCUGCCUGGUGCAUUUCUUGGGGGGAGGCGCAGAGGCAGAGCAUCUAUUCCGAUCCAAAAUAUGGUAGGCAGCCAAUCCCAGGCGUGUUUAACGUUAAGUUUACCGUGUCAUAGCGGAGGGGUACUACCCAUUCGAUGAUCCUCCUACUACAGGACUGGGUGCUGCACGGAUGAGUGCCUUGUUGACGUACAGAAGGUCUCCUUCACCCAGUCUACAUCUAUAGCAUGAGCAGUACCAACAUUGACCAAACGAACAGUCGCAACUCCUUCGAGUGCCGCUUCGGCAGGAACACCCCAGACCCCGUCCGCCACCCAUACAUAAACUCCCAAGUCAGCCGCCCCCCCAUAACCCCAAGCGAGGAGCACUGGGCCGUGCACAACGAGGGAUUCCGAAACGCCCGCCGCCUCGCAUCAUCCCCAUCAAGUCCAACCACCGAAACCUUCCCGCGGUCACAAGAAACAAGCACCGCCGGCACCAGCAGCAGCAGCAGCAGCAGCAGCAGCAGCGGCAGCACCCCCCCUUCUUCGCCAGCUAGCCUACCAGUGAAGAAACAUGUCCCAACAUACUUCUCGGCGCAGAGCUACCUCCGCUACCAAGGCGACAAAUUCGUCAAACGCUUCGACGCUAACUGCUAUAUCGCCAUAACUCGGAAACUAGACACGCACGACGUCUCCCGCGGCCGCACAAACGGGGACGUUCACGCUGCGUUGCGGAUGAUACAGCAACCUGCGCUGAUAAUCGGCAUAGAGAGCGAUGGGUUAUUCACUUACGCCGAGCAGCAGGAACUCGCAGAUUUUAUACCUAAUGCUAGAUUAGCUACUAUUGAUUCGCCGGAGGGACACGAUGCAUUCCUAUUGCAGUUCGAGGAGGUCAACACCCAUAUCGUGAGCUUCUUGAGGGAGGUUAUGCCAGAGGCCAUGGCCCGGGAACCGAUUUAUGCUGUGGAUAAAAUUGGAAACGGGGAUAUUGGGGCUGCAAGGGGUGGGACUGUUGGGGAGGUGGAUGAUAUUACUGCCUGGUAGGAUGGUUCGUUGGUUCGACAGAAGGGGGAAUAUCUCUAAAUAUCUCUUUUUUCUUUCUUUCUCUUUCUUGGCAACGCAGGUUUCCGCUUUUACUUUUUUUAUUACCCCAUCUUACCUUUGGCGAUGAGGAUAAGUACGGUAGAUGGUCAGGCGUUGUAUGCUGUCUGUUGAUACCGGAAACUAGUUUGUGUUUGGUUAUGGUGCGUCUACCGCCCCCAAAUUUGAAUAUGAAUUGAGGGAAAAAUUCCCUCUUCCUUUUCGUUCAUGAUAUCAUAUCAAUGAUACUCGUACAUCCCCCGUUUAACCCUACCUAACGUCGCUAAUCAACUAUCUUCCCGCCCCCCCUACCAAUGUCUUAUCAUGCUUGCUUUUUUCAAGUACCCUGAAACCCAUUCCCGAGAUUGAAACUGUAUCGCAUCAUAUCAUACUCGGGCAUCAAUACCGCACAAAUUCCGGUAUCGUACAUAGCACAAUCUGUGCGCCGUGAGCAUUUUAAAGUGACCUAUUGCAGCCAUGAUUGCUUCGUUCAUUUGUUCAUUCGCAAUACAUGAACUGUACUUUUCUCUCUCUCUCUCUUUC